AUGGUUAUCGUCGAGGUCGACUCCGAAACUGGCGGCGAUGUCGAGAAGGCGCGGUAUAGCAAGACGUCGGUGUGGUUGAUGGUUUUGUACUCGGGGUUGGCGAUUGGGAGUGAUGGGUACAAUGCUGCGGUCAUUGGCAAUGUCGAACUCCUCCUUGCGGUCCUCUACCCGGAUGCCUUGACGACGGCGAUGUAUAGUCGUCUCAGCAAUGCUUUCCUCAUCGGAAUGAUUGUUGGCAUGCUGCUCUUCGGCGGGAUUGUUGACCAACUCGGACGCAAGACCGGUGCCGUGGCGACGACUAUCCUUCUUGUCCUUGGUAUUGCGCUUUCUGCUGGUGCCUCUGGGACCUCUCCCAACGGCCUCUUCUGGAUGCUCGUCAUCGCCCGUGGAAUCGCCGGCGUAGGCGCUGGAGGCGAGUAUCCCGUCUCAGGAGCCGGCGCGACCGAGGCCACAGACGAGAACAAGGCCCUCCGCAAACAUCGCGGCUUCAUGUUCGCCAUGCUCGCGGACCUCUCCAGUUCCCUCGGCUACGUCUGGGGCGGCCUGGUGCCUCUUCUCCUGCUCCUCUGCACGCACCAGAAAGUCGAGAACUACCCCAUCGUCUGGCGGACCUCUUUCGCCCUGGGCCUCGUCCCUCCGCUAUCCAUCUUCUGGUUCCGCAUGCGCAUGGCCGUGUCCUCAGCCUACCGCAAGUCCGCCAUGCGCAAGCAACGCGUCCCCUACUGGCUGGCCAUCAAACGCUACUGGCGCGCCCUCCUAGGCUGCUCCGCCACAUGGUUCAUGUACAACUACAUCUCCAUCCCCUUCGGCAUCUUCUCCUCCACGAUAACAACCCGCGUCAACGCCUCCGACUCCUUCAUCACCAACCUCGGCUGGGGCGUCGUCAUCAACUGCUUCUACAUCCCGGGCCCCUUCCUCGGCGGCUACCUCUCCGACCGCAUCGGCCGCCGCCAAACCAUGUGUCUCGGCUUCGCCCUGCAAGCCCUCCUGGGCUUCAUCCUCGGCGGCGCCAACGCCCAGAUCCAAUCCAUCUUCCCUUUAUUCGUCGUCCUCUACGGCAUCUUCCUCACCCUCGGCGAAGUCGGUCCGGGCUCCACCGUCGUCCUGACCGCCUCCGAGUGCUUCCCCACCUCCAUCCGGGGCCAGAUGAUGGGGCUCGUCGCCGCGUGGAGCAAAGCCGGGGCGGCGAUCGGGACGCAGGUCUUCAGUGCGAUUCUGGCGAGUUGGGCGGAUGAGCAGAAGGCCAACCAGGCGACUUUCUUGAUCGGGGCGGCGUUUGCGGUCGUCGGGGCCGCGGUGGCGUGGUUUGUGAUUCCAGAUGUUAGUGCGAGGUUGGGGGAUGAGGAUGAGGCGUGGAAGAGGUAUUUGGCGGAGAAUGGGUGGACGGCGGAGUGGGGGGAUGAGGUUAGUAGGGAUCCCGGGAGGGUGAGGAUGGAUGGGGUUGUUUCGUAG